CCAUUCUGCUUUGGGCUUAGUGGCCACUCUGCAGCAGAGGAAACUUGGGUGCCCAAGAGGUGCCCACCUGCUUGAGCAACAGAAACCGAAGGACGGCACAGAGGGCUGUGCAAGUUGCCAGAUGUUACACUCACUUGAUCCCACUGGAAAGCCUGCUACAAAGUUUGAUAGGACACUGUCUCUUUAAAUUCUUCCCAAACACCUAAAGUAGUCGGACGAGUCGGCACAUGCGUAUUCCUCUGCACGACCCCCAGCCUUCCCCUUUAGCCAGAGGUAGGGAGGUAAAAGGUCCUCCCACACAGUACUUCUACGCAAGCGCAUAUUAUGAUUGAGAGCACUAUAUCACGCUGUGAGCCCAGUCCUUUUUUCGCUCCCGAAGGCUCCGCCUCUCGCGGCCAAUCAGCGAGACGUGCUGUCCGCCAUGGCCAAUGGCAGCUAGUGUGGGGGCGUGGCCUGGCGUCCGGGGGCGCGGCCAGAGACUGAGAGAAGCGGUGGGGCGAGCCGGGGGCUCUAGUGAACGGCGCAGCCGGACUGGAUCACCGGCGGGAGGUCCGCGGAGGCGGCCCGGGCCCGGCGGUCCCCGAAAUGUCAGCAUGGCUGAGUUCGUGGUCGAACUCUGUGAAAGAGCGGGUGUGCCGCUACUUGCUGCAGCACUACUUGGGUCACUUCUUCCAGGAGAACCUCAGCGUGGACCAGCUCAGCCUGGAUCUCUACAAGGGCAGCGUUGCCCUGCGGGACAUCCACUUGGACAUCUGGGCUGUGAACGAGGUGCUGGAGUCCAUGGAGCUGCCCCUGGAGCUGGUGGACGGCUUCUUUAGCUCCAUCGAGGUGGCUGUGCCCUGGGCUGCGCUACUCACAGACCACUGCACUGUGCAAGUGUCAGGCCUCCAGCUCACCCUGCAGCCCCGCCAGGGCCCAGGGCCAGGGGCUGCUGACUCGCAGACCUGGGCUUCAUGUAUGACCACGAGCCUGCAGCUGGCCCAGGAAUGUCUGCGUGAUGGGCUGUCUGAGCCCUCAGAGCCACCACAGCUCCUAGAGGGGUUAGAGAUGUUUGCGCAGACCAUCGAAACUGCUGCUCUACCUGACCUGAGCCCCACACCACCCCCAGUGCUGCGGAGUAUCAAGGUGACCUUCCUGGACACUGUUGUGAGGGUGGAGCACUCGCCCACUGACCGUGAGCACGGUGUGGCCCUGGAGGUCCAUGUGCAGAGACUGGAGUACUGUGAUGAGGCGUUACGGGACCCAAGCCAGGCGCCCCCCAUAGAUGUGCACCAGCCACCUGCCUUCCUACACAAGCUGCUGCAGCUGGUGGGCAUCCGCCUGCACUUUGAGGAGCUCCCCUCACAGGCAGAACCACCAGACCUCCCCUUGCAGAUUGGCAGCUGCUCGGGGUGUAUGGAGCUGAUAGUAAAGCUGAAGCAGAAUGAGGCUCUCCCAGGGCCCAAGUUGGAGGUGGCAGGACAGUUGGGCUCCCUGCACCUGCUCCUGACCCCUCGGCAACUCCAGCAGCUCCAGGAACUUCUCAGCGCUGUCAGCCUUGCUGAACCAGAAGGUCUGGCUGACAAGUUGAACAAGAGCCGCCCGUUAGGUGCUGAAGACCUGUGGCUGAUUGAGCAGGAUCUGAACCAGCAGCUGCAGGCCGGCGCUGUGGCCGAGCCCCUCAGCCCGGAUCCCCUUACCACCCCUCUUCUCAAUGUGGACAGCACUGACCUCUUCUUCUCCAUGGCUGGCCUCACAAGCAGUGUGACCUCAGCUGUCUCGGAGAUGUCCCUCUCUGACGUAGACCUGGGCUCCUCUGUGCACAGCAACAUGGCCUCCCGCCGGCUCUCUGCCCCGACCCACGCAGCUGGAAAGGCGGCCCCCACUCUCUUUCCGGACACCAUGCGCCCUGACUCGCUGCUGAAGAUGAGCUUGGGGGGCAUGACCUUGACCCUGCUCCAGACUUGCGCCCCGUCUUCUGGACCACCCAACCUCGCCACCCACUUUUUUACUGAGUUUGAUGCCACCAAGGAUGGGCCCUUCGGCUCCCGAGACUUCCACCACCUUCGGCCGUGCUUCGAGAAAGCCUGUCCCUGUAGCCAUGUCCGGCUGACAGGCACUGCUGUGCAGCUGUCAUGGGAGCUGCGGACUGGUGGUCGGGGCCGGCGAGUGACCAGCACAGAUGUGCACUUUGGGCAACUGGAGGUGCUGGAGUGCCUGUGGCCCCGGGGCAGUUCUGAGCCCGAGUACGUGGAGAUCCUGAGUUUUCCCAGUAACCUGGGCUCCCAGGCCUCAGCUCAACCCUGUGCCCACCUGCGUCACACACAGACCCUGCGCCGCGUGCCCAAGAGCCGGCCCCGGCGCUCUCUUGCCUGCCAUUGCCACUCAGACCUGGCCCUGGACCUGGCUGACUUCCAGGCGGAUGUGGAGCUGGGGGCUCUGGACCGACUCGCUGCCCUGCUGCACCUCGCCACUACACCCCCCGAGCCGCCAGCCGGCCUGCUGACAGAGCCCCCGCUGGCCACUGAACAUCGGACAGUGUUUCGGCUGUCAGCACCCCGGGCCACACUGAGGCUGCGCUUCCCCAUCGCCGACCUGCGGCCUGAACGAGACCCUUGGGCAGGCCGAGCUGUGCGGGCUGAGCAGCUGCGGCUGGAGCUGAGUGAGCCCCAGUUCCGGUCAGAGCUUAGCAGUGGACCUGGUCCCCCAGCCCCUACCCGCCUGGAAAUCACCUGCUCUGACUUGCACGCAACCUAUGAAGGUGGAGAGAAGCCACCCGUCCCCUGUCUGCGUGUCUCCAAAACCCUGGACCCCAAGAGCCCGGGCCGAAAGUACUUCCUGCCCCAGGUAGUGGUGACCCUGAACCCCCAGUCCAGCAGCAUACAGUGGGAGGCAGCCCCAGACAAGGCAGAGGAGCUGGAGCUGUCCACCGAGAGCCCAUGCGAGCUGCGGGAGCCUGAGCCCUCGCCUUUCUCCUCCAAGAGGACCAUGUAUGAGACAGAAGAGAUGGUGAUUCCUGGAGACCCGGAGGAGAUGAGGACGUUCCAGAGCCGGACCCUAGCACUGUCCCGCUGUAGCCUGGAAGUGACCCUGCCCAGUGCCCACAUCUUUCUGCCCAGCAAGGAGGUCUACGAGAGCAUCUACAAUAGGGUCAACAACGACCUGCUCAUGUGGGAGCCUGCAGACCUGCUCCCCACUCAUGGCCCCGCCACCCACUCCUCUGGCUUCCUCAGCUCCUCGGGCCUCUGGCACAACAGCUUCAAGAUGUGCAAGUCAGCCUUCAAGCUGGACUCAGACUCAGAUGAUGAGGACGUCCACUUCUUCUCAGUGGGGGCAUCAGGUGCCCCCCGGGGUCCCGCCCCUGAGCCCUCGAGCCGCCAGUCCCAGAGCACCUUCUCUACGCUGGUGACAGUGCUGAAGGGUAGAAUCACAGCCCUCUGUGAGGCCAAGAAUGAGAGUGGGAAGCGGCUGGAGGGCAUGCACGGUGAGAUGGUGCUGGAUGUGGAGCAUGGCACCCUCUUCAGCGUCUCUCAGUACCAUGGCCAGCCGGGGCUCGGCUACUUCUGCCUGGAAGCUGAAAAGGCAACACUCUACCACCGAGCGGCCUUGGAUGACUAUGUGCUGCCCAGUCACCUGCAUCUGCCCAGCUUUGUCCCCCCGGCCCACCUGGCCCCGACCAUCUACCCAUCUGAGGAAGGGGUGAUUGAGCAGGGAGCCUCAGGCUGCAAGGGGCAGGGGCGUGGCGCCCCCAUGCUGACUGCUGCUGUGCGCAUCCACUUGGACCCCCACAAAAACGUCAAGGAGUUCUUGGUGACACUACGGCUGCACAAGGCCACACUGCGCCACUAUAUGUCCCUGCCUGAACAGAGCUGGCACUCCCAGCUGUUGGAGUUCUUAGACGUGCUGGACGACCCUGUGCUGGGCUACCUGCCCCCGACAGUCAUCACCGUCCUGCACACACACCUGUUCUCCUGUGCUGUGGACUACAGACCCCUCUACCUCCCAGUGCGCGUCCUCAUCACUGCCGAGACCUUCACGCUGUCCAGCAACAUCGUCAUGGACACGUCAACCUUCUUGCUCAGGUUCAUCCUCGACGACUCCGCUUUGUACCUGUCCGACAAGUGUGAGGUGGAGACGCUGGAUCUCCGGCGAGAUUAUGUCUGUGUCCUGGAUGUUGACCUCCUGGAGCUGGUGAUCAAAACGUGGAAGGGGAGCACAGAGGGCAAACUGAGCCAGCCGCUGUUUGAGCUGCGCUGCUCCAACAACGUGGUGCACAUACACAGCUGCGCCGACUCCUGUGCCCUGCUGACCAACCUGCUCCAGUACGUAAUGAGCGCGGGCGACCUGCACCCCCCGCCCCGGCCCCCCAGCCCCACGGAGAUCGCCGGCCAGAAGGUACAGCUGUCUGAGAGCCCUGCCUCCCUGCCGUCCUGCCCCCCUGCGGAGACGGCCCUCAUCAACCAGCGGGACCUGACCGACGCUCUCCUGGACACGGAGCGCAGCCUGCGUGAGCUGACAGAGUCCUCAGGUGAGGAGGGGGCGCUUUGGGGGCAGCUGAUGCAGGCGCCUCCGGCACUGUCUCCCCAAGCUGGCCUCUCUCCUGUAGGUGACCCACUCCCUCAGGCCUCACCCGUCUCUGUCUACCUGUUCCCUGGUGAACGGAGUGGGGCCAAGCCCCCUUCACCCCCUCCUGGGGGCCCUGCCGACAGCUUAGGGUCCUGUCCCGAGGCCACAGACGAUGACAAGGAAGAGGAGGGGGACGGAGACACCCUGGACAGUGACGAGUUCUGCAUCCUGGACGCACCCGGCCUGGGCAUCCCGCCCCGAGACGGAGAGCCUGUGGUGACGCAGUUGCAUCCGGGCCCCAUCGUCGUGCAGGAGGGACACUUCUCCCGGCCGCUGGGCAGCACAGACCUGCUGCGGGCGCCUGCCCACUUCCCAGUGCCCAGCAGUCGUGUGGUGCUUCGUGAGGUCUCCCUGGUCUGGCACCUCUACGGGGGCCGAGACUUUGGCCCCCAUCCCGGCCACAGAGCAAGAGUUGGCCUCACAGGCCCUAGGGGCUCCCCCUCCCGAGGCUCUGGCUCCAACCGGCCCCAGAACUCAUGGCGAACACAGGGUGGCAGCGGACGGCAGCACCAUGUCCUUAUGGAGAUCCAGCUCAGCAAGGUGAGCUUCCAGCACGAGGUAUACCCAGAAGAGCCAGCAGCUGACCCUGCUCCAGGCCAGGAGGUGGAGGAGCGGCCCCUGUCCCGCCAGGUGCUCAUUGUGCAGGAGCUGGAGAUCCGAGACCGGCUUGCCUCCUCCCAGAUCAACAAGUUCCUGCAUCUGCACACGAGCGAGCGGCUGCCUAGGCGCACCCACUCCAACAUGCUCACUGUCAAAGCACUGCACGUGGCCCCUACCACCAACCUGGGCGGCCCUGAGUGCUGUCUGCGCAUCUCACUGAUGCCGCUGCGGCUCAACGUGGACCAGGACGCCCUCUUCUUCCUUAAGGACUUCUUCACCAGCCUAGUGGCUGGCAUCAACCCAGUGGUCCCAGGGGAGGCGUCGGAGGCUCGCCCUGAGACCCGGGCCCGGCCGGGCAGCCCCCAGGAAGGACAGCCCAGGGGCACAGAGAUGAGUGACUCACAGGAGGGCCCCAGUGGUGGACAUGGCUCUGCUGAGCAGCAGCCCAUCUACUUCAGGGAGUUCCGCUUCACGUCAGAGGUGCCCAUCUGGCUGGAUUACCACGGCAAGCACGUCUCCAUGGACCAGGUGGGCACCUUCGCAGGCCUCCUCAUCGGCCUGGCCCAGCUAAACUGCUCCGAGCUGAAGCUGAAGCGGCUCUGUUGCCGGCACGGGCUCCUGGGUGUGGACAAAGUGCUAGGCUAUGCUCUCAAUGAGUGGCUGCAGGACAUCCGCAAGAACCAGCUGCCCGGCCUGCUGGGAGGCGUUGGGCCCAUGCACUCUGUCGUCCAGCUCUUCCAAGGGUUCCGGGACCUGCUGUGGCUGCCCAUUGAGCAGUACAGGAAGGAUGGUCGCCUCAUGCGGGGGCUGCAGCGGGGGGCUGCCUCCUUCGGCUCAUCCACAGCCUCUGCUGCCCUGGAACUGAGCAACAGGCUGGUGCAGGCGAUCCAGGCUACUGCUGAGACGGUUUACGACAUCCUGUCCCCAGCGGCGCCUGUCUCCCGCUCACUGCAGGAUAAGCGCUCUGCGCGGAGGCUGCACAAGGGCCGGCAGCCCGCUGACCUCCGAGAGGGCGUGGCCAAGGCCUACGACGCUGUGCGGGAGGGCAUCCUGGACACAGCUCAGACCAUCUGUGACGUGGCAUCGCGCGGCCAUGAACAGAAGGGGCUGACAGGUGCCGUGGGGGGCGUGAUCCGCCAGCUGCCCCCAACUGUGGUAAAGCCACUCAUUGUGGCCUCAGAGGCCACGUCUAACCUGCUCGGGGGGAUGAGGAACCAGAUCCUGCCCGACGCCCACAAGGACCAUGCCCUCAAGUGGCGCUCAGAGGAGGCCCAGGACUGAGCGGGGCUCCAGGACCACCGUGCUGGCCCACCGCAGGGCUACACCCGCUCUCCGCCUCCUCAGAGCUGCAGCCCACGGGAGCCAGAUGCAGGCCCCUCGGACGGCCACUGUGAAGGACACUUGCCUGUUGCCAAUCGGUCGUGAGAGUGGGGCCUGCUGCCUGGGGCCUCGGCCCUGUCUGCACUUUUCCUCUGGGGAGAAGGACGCUGCCCUCCCUAGCACAGGCCCCACCGCUCCCUCGACCCAGGAUGGAGGCUUUUGGACCCUCAGGCCCGACCCCACUCAGCCAAGUGUCUGUCUCCCGGGGAGUUGGCGACACGCUGUGGGGGUCGGUGUGUUAUUUUUAAACUCCGUGAGUGUGUGGGUCAGUGUCUGCAUGAAGUGGAAUAAACUGCCCACCGCCAGCCCCU